UAUUUGAAGUCUCGGCCGAGUGUGGCUGUGACGAGGAAGUCACCGCUGACAGCGACGAGACUGCACUAGUACAUUCGUUCAGCCUCGACUAGUAGCCUCGACUAGUCCGCUCGGAUGGUGGGCUGAGCCAGGCACACUCUCAUCUCUCUCUACUGCUGGCUGUCUUGCUGACACUGCUCGCCCGUUGUCGUGGUGACAAUGUUCCGUGGGGCGGAUGGAGCAGCGGAUGGACCGGGCCGAAAUGCUACGCUGACGCCAGGAGGCCGCUAAAGCUUUGCAGGAUGGACAAGGAGGCAGUUGGUUCGAGCACAUCAGAACGUGGACUGACCUCCUCUGACACAUCCCCAUCCCCGGGUGCGCCGGCGCCACCCCGCCUCACCCCUAACCCCAUGCUGCUGCUGGACUCGCCGGUUCCCCUGCAGACGCCCGUCACCUCCUCCCCGCCACCACCGCUCACCCCAGCGCCCUCCAUCUCCGCACCCAAAAUGGUGGCGGCAGCGGCUCGGACUUCCUCUCCUCACAUCCUGGUCCCCGUACCCCCCAAGCUGAUCACCACGGCGAGCCCUGCCCUUCGCACAUAUCCUCGCCCCAUCCUUCCCUGCGCCUCCAAAACCACCCCGCAUACCUCGUCGUCUUCUGCAGAAGACGCCGCUUCUUCUGCUUCCUCAUCAACGUCCACCUUGUCACCCAAGACGUCCAGCACGCUGACCAAUGGGAGCGCAAGGAGCGUUCCCACACCCAUCUGCAACACCAUCACGCCCUUCCACACACCCGCUAGUCCACCUGGAAGACAGGUAGCGCUAUGCUGUCCCCUGCAGGAACAUGCGGCGCUGCCUCACCCGGCGAGCUCGCUGGGCCCCCCUGCUGCCAGGCACAGGACUUCCCAGCAGACUUUGCUCCUGGGAAAAGGUCUCAAAGGCCCUGGACAAGAGCAGGUGCUGCUCAGAGCUCAGAUGGUGAGCAACGCGGGCACGGCAAGCGGCGGCCGCGUGGCCUCGUCUUGUCCUCUGUCCGUUUGUGGCACGCAGCUCCAGAGCAGGACACCGAGGCCGCCGCUGCCUGCCGCCCUGGCCGCGCCCCCCUCCCUGCGCCUGAAGCCCCCUGCCUCGGCCCCACCUCCACUCUCUCGCCCGCAGACGGCACUCUUCCCUCUUCUGAGGCCGCGCCCUCCGUCCGCGCCUGGCCGACACCUGUCGGUGCCGCCUCCAACGCUCUACUCACCGGUCCGAGCCGUCCCCCUGCGGCCCAAAGUUCAGUCCGCGCAAGCGCCGUCGCCGCGCCUUCCUUCCGCUCUCCAGACGCCGCCGGCCAGCCGGCCCCAGACAGGGGUCAGCAUCCUCCCCGCAAGCGCCCCUCUCCCCACCGCGUCGUCCUCGGAGACGGCGCCGCCCGCAUCCCGGCGACUACAAAUCAUCGCUCUCUCCUCGGCUUGGCCGCCGCCGCCGCCUUUCGCCCAAAACGCGCGGCCGACUCUGAGCAGACGGGAAGCUCUUCCGCCCCCUCAAAUCGCCGCUUCGCCUCCCCGUCGGAAGGAGAGCGACGCUCUGCCGGGAGGCCUCGGAGACAUCCAAGUGGCUGAAAAUGACCAAAGAAAGGAAGCUGAGGAGGAAUCGAACGCGGCGGCGGCGCGGAAGGAUGCCGACCUCCUGCAGCGAGGCCAAAUGGAUGUGACGGAGGAAGGUCGCGGCGGCGCAACGGCGCACGGCGACCGGGAACACCCCAUGGAGCUCCAAGAGGAAGGCGACAGUCAGCCACAAACACUCAAAGAGGGAAAAAAAGCAAAAUCGUACGUCAGAGAGACUUUCCUUCCGGAAGAACUUCCCGUCCGGCAUGUGGAAGCGCUUCCUGUCCCACAUCCGCCUCCAGAGCCUGGCGUGAACGCCAUCAGACUACCGGAGCUUCCCGGAGACAAGGCGGAACUCUGUGAUGACAUCAGUGACAAUAAAAACGACAACAUCAAUGAGAACGUGUCCGCGCAAUCCGACAACCACUCAGCGUUGUCCAGCCUGUCGUCGCAGUCUCCGCCGUCGUCCCCGGUGACCGAUCCCGCCUCUCACGCCGCCGCCCAGCCGCUCAACCUCAGCCAAUCGCGUCGGGCCGUGGGCGACGGGAGUCGGGGGGAGGGCCAAACCCCGACGGAAGCGGAGCCGCCUCUCGACCGGUCGGAAGACGAGGUGGAGGGCGGAGCGGCGGACGGGCCGUGGGAGUCGAGGGCGUGGCCUGAAGGCAGGGACGUCUUGACGCACGUGGUCGAAGGCUUCGUCAUACAGGAAGGACUGCAACCCUUUCCUGUGAACCGCUCGUCGCUGCUUUUGCUUCCUACGCCGCCGCAGGCGCAGAAAGUCAACGGGAGCGACGGCCAAGCGCCCGUCACGGUAACCGAGGAAUCGACGGAACGCUGGGAACAUUCGACGGACUCGCCAGACGAGGACGGCAAAGGCGCACAACAACACGCAACGCGCGCUUCCCAUUGCGAGCGCGCCGUCCUCCACUGCCAGUUCUGCGGCAAGAGAGGCCACGCCCACAACUUCAUGCGCUCCAAACGCUUCUGCUCCACCUCCUGCGCUCGCGGGUUCAACGUUCGCCUGACCAAGCGCCUGCGAGCGCUGAGCGCCGGCAGCCGCGCCGAGAAGCCGCCUCGACCGGUCCUCAACAGGGCGCAGUCCGUCCCGGGGAAACCGAUCCUGCUCAGACUGCCUCGCGAUCUAUGGAGCGCCGGACGCAGAGACAAGGAAACCAAGGAGGACAAGAAGGUGGCGGCGACGGAGGAAGAGGAUGAGGAGGACAUGGAGGCAGCUGGUGAGGAGGAAGACCAGGACGACGAAGGGGCGGAGGAACCGGCGGUCGCCGUGACAACAAGGAUGGAGAGUCCGGCGUCAGAGAGAGCGAGGACGUCCACGACAUCGGCUGUGGCGACGGUCGCCGCGUCCACGCCCACGAGCACCUUUAAGCCUGAGCCCUCGCAGUGGACUGUCGAGGAUGUCACGGCUUUCAUACACACACUGCCCGGCUGCGGAGAGGUUUCGGCGGCUUUCCGUCUUCAGGAGAUCGACGGCCAAGCGUUGCUUCUGCUGACUGAAGAACAUCUGAUGGGCAGCAUGAAUAUCAAACUGGGACCCGCGCUCAAGAUCUGCGCGCACAUCAACGCGCUCAAGAACCUGUAAGGAGCCGGAGGACGCGUGUAGCACGAGGCACAUCAAUCUGAAGGCGAAUAAUAAAUGGGAGUCAUUUUGUGUAUAAGCUGCUGAAGACUUGAAGGAUUUUCAACAUUUAAUAUAUCAAAUUUUGUCUAUUUAGUUUUUUUUUUUAGAAUGUGUAGUCCAAGACAAAUCUAUGCCGUAGCUCACAUAACCACUGUGUAUGUGCGUGUGUGUAAAAAUAUGACAAAAAUCAAAAUAAUGAAAGGUGACCCUUUGUAUGUGAUUGCUGAAAAUGUGAUGUUUUAUAUUCCCCACCAACAGAAAACAAACCCGCACUCUUAAACCGUCAACAUUUUUAUGAUAUACUGCUUGGAAAUAUUUAAUAAAAGCAAUUCAUCUUA